UGAUUUUGAUGCAUGCGGAAGUGACGCACGCAGAGUAGGAGUAGGAGUAUAGAGUGGUGGUAGGGAGGGAGGGAGGAGUAGGAGCAGUACAGUGCGGUUUGGCUGCGACUGUGCCCCCCUCCGUCCGUCCCCUAGCUCGCCUGCUUUUCUCUCCCCCUCCCUCCGCCCCCCCUCUUCAUCACUCCCCCUCCCUCGUCUCUCUCGCCGGGCCAUUCCUCUUUGCAGAGCGCGUGCGUCGGAGAGAGACGGAGAGAGAGAUAUUCCUGCUGGUGGAGAGAGUACGUGCCUAGCAGCAGGAGUAGCAGGGAGCAGGCGGCAGAAGCAGAAGAGGAAAACGAGAAAGGCGGUGGGCGGCCGGCGAUGCUGCGGAGGAUGGUGUCCGACCAGGGCCCGGGCUCCGCCGGAGGCAGCGGAGGAGACGCCAGGCCCCGCGGCGGCGGCGGCGGGGGCGCGCUGUUCGCCGUGCCGAGGCUGUUCAUCGGGCUCGCGGCCGCCAAGCGCGCGCCGGACGAGUCGGAGCGGAGCCCGACGUCGCCGCUCGACCCCAAGGCGCUGCUGCUCCGCUCGCCGCGCUCGCCGAGGACCUGGGACGCCGAGCCGGUGGGGCUCGGCCUCGUGGUGGACGUCGCCCUCGCGGCCGGCGCCGACGCCGCCGCCGCCAAGACCUGCGUGCUCAGCCCGCGCCUGCGCCUCAGGACGCACGGCUGCGCCGGCUCCACCGCCAAGGGCUGCGGCGGGGGCGGCCACUCGCAGCCGGAGCUCGGCGGCAAGACCAUCUCCUGCCCGGCCUCGGCCACCGCCGGCAUGUCGGUGCCCUGCAGCAGGUUCUUCCACGGGGAUCUCAAGUCUGGUCCGGAGGCCGGGCGGCCGGACGGCGCCCACUCCGGCGCCAAGCGGCAUUGCUUCCACCUCGGCGAGCUCCCGGGGCCGGGGUCCCUGCCGGCGUCGAUCGCCGGCGGCCCCCGGCGGUUCGUCGGGUCCGUCUCGGCGAGCGAGGUGGAGCAGUCGGAGGACUACACCUGCAUCAUUGCCCGCGGCCCCAACCCCAAGACGACCCACAUCUUCGGGGACUGCAUUCUGGAGCCCCAGACGACGGUCGGGAAGAGCGACGAGGCCGCCGUGGAACCCAAGGACGGAGCUUCCGCCAAGUCCUACCUGGUGGUCAAGCGCGCCACCGAGGCCGCCGCCGGCCCGGGCGAGGACUUCCUGAGCUCCUGCUUCACCUGCACGAAGAAGCUGGAGGGGAACGACAUUUACAUCUACCGUGGGGAGAAGGCAUUCUGCAGCGCCGAGUGCCGGGACCAGGAGAUCAUGAUCGAAGAGGAAGCCGAGAAAUGCAUGGCCACGGGAGGCUCCCCUCGCUCCUCCUGCUCGUCCCUGCACGAGGACAUCUUCAUGGCCGGCAUGAUGGUGGCGACAUGACCCCCCGCGACGAUGGCCCGACCGAGACGCCGUCUUCUUCGCCUCGACAAGCACGCACGCACUCAAUUUUUCCCCUUGCUAGCUACAACCAGGGGAUGGGGGUGAUCAGUUCACAGAUCAAUCGAUCCAUCACCAGUGCGUGCACAUUGCCGUUGCUGUUUUUGAUUCAGCAGCUGAAGAGGAGUCGACGAGGAAGAAGGAGCGGCGUUCUUGGCGGGUCAUUGUCACUUGUGGGGGUUGGAUCAGCCGAGCUGAUCAGCUGAGCUGCUGCUGCCAUUUUUACCAGCCCUGGGAAACUUACUCGCAGGGAUCUGAGUUUUUUUCCCUUUAGGAACGAGAUGAAAAAAAAGAGGUGGCCUGCCUGCUGGCCUUUGGUCCUGUAGUUUUGAUCUUAAGGCUGCCUGCGUGCAUGCAGGCCAGAGCCACCCAUCCUUUUCUUCUUCUUCUUCUUCUUCUUCUUUUUUCGUUUGCUCCUGCUGGCAGCAGUGACCAUGUCUGCACAUUUGCUACUACACCACCGUGUGUGUGAGAGAUAAUGACAUUGAGCUGCUUUGCUUUGGGUCA